GGCCGUCGAGGUUUUCAAUUCAGAACAAGCUGCUCGCUUUGAAAGAUCAGGCCGAGUUAAUAGAAGUAGAUUUACGGGCUCAGGUACUAUGAUAUAUUAUAACAUAAUUUUCCUUAUGCUUCUUCGGCUACGUAUGGCAGUAAGUUUAUACAUGCCCAUAUAGCAUUAUAAACUUAAGUUAAUGAAACAAGCGUUCGACUUUGCAAGUCUGGUUGUAAAAAUAAAAGUAUUCGGUUUUGGGGGAUGGAGUUCUCCCAAAGGUCACCCUCAACCACACAGACUCACCCAAAUCAAUGUAUUAAUAAUAACACAAUGUAUUGUAAAGUAAACAAUGACCAUCACGGGGAUCCACUACCCCUUGGAUGUUAAAGUAAACAAUGACCAUCACGGGGAGCUACUACCCCUUGGACAUUUAGGAUGCCAAUCUUGGGGAGCUACUCCCUUGGGUAAAGUCCAACAUGUGGGAACCACGACCCCCUGAGGACAUACACUGUAUAAUUAUAUCAUAAUCAUAUUGCUGUAAUACUGUAGUGAGUCUGUGGGGCGACACUUUGGCCACAGUUUAAAGUAUAAUCGGAGCAUUUCUCCUCAACAACCCUUCUCCCACAACAUUGUGUGUGUCAUAGUUGGUCUCUUAAUUGCCUUAGAGUAUUUUGCUUAACGAAUUGGUGCAUUAACCGCUAAACAUGCCUGAUUAUUUCUGUUACAGACGUUUUGCGUCGACAGCACAAAGCGUCAUUUCGCGCGAUUCAAGAUCUUACCAAAGACAAGGUAAAAUUAUUUUUAUAAAAAGAGCGGUGUCCAAUUAAAAGUGCUUAUGCGUCGAAACUUCACACCAUUUUUUUUAUGAUUACAUUGUAAAGAAAAUUACAGUGGACUAUACAUAACAUACUUUGCCAAAUUAUCUUGAGAUAUUUAACAAUUUUUGGUAUGCAAAUUAUCAUCACUACCACGUGGUUUGCUGAAAAACGUUUAUAGAUAACUGAUCCAAAUUUGUGAAUUAACAAAUAGAUAAGAUUUUGCCGUUGUUUAAUUGUUCAGUGAUACAGUAGAUACACAGUAUGACGUCAUAAUGUGGAAAGAAUCAAGACGAGAGCGCAGCUCGAGUGUUUUAUAUCUGACUUAAUAAAGCACGGACUGCGAGCGACAAAAAGUCUAAAAUGUCUCAUCAGGUUUUUAACUUACUUUGUCUUUUUUCCCUUUAGCAUCUUUUCCACUAUCUCCAUUUGUAUUUUUCCUGGAUACUCAAAGCUGGUGCUCAUAGGGUGACUGAAAAAGUUCUAGAAGGUCCUCCCAGGGUAAAUGACUUUCUUUGUUAUCAAUAAUCAAUAAAUCACUUAGUCAAUGAAUGAAUAAAUUGAUGAAUCAGUUGAUUAAUCAAUAAAUUAAUCAAUCAAAUAUUCAGUCAAUCAACCUACCAAUGAAUGAGUUAAUUAAUUAAUCCAUCCAUCCAUAAUCCAACCAAAUGAUCAAUGAAUGAAUGAAUCGAUUAACCAGUUAAUUAAUUAAUUAAUCAAGUGUAAUCAAGUGCAAUUAAUGAAUUUAACAAUCAACAGAGUUGAGGGUUCAUACAAAACUUGAAAAUCCAUGAAAGCCCUUGAAUUUGAGAACAAAAAUUCAAGGUCGUGAAAGUCCUUGAGUUUACUUAAAGGUGCUUAAAUUCUUCUCGCUUUAGUAUUUGGAUACAAUCUGAAAUUGAACAAAUAAAAAAUUGGACAUUCUGUAAAUUGAUUUUGUUCAUGUCUUACAAAUUAAUUAAAGGCCAAAGCUGUUCAAUAUUCAUUAAGUCCCCGUUUGAACAGUUUAACGUCACUUUUCACUGAUUUAUAAUGCCUUCUUACGCCUUCUGUAAUGGUACUCUUUGAAUUUCCUGAUACAAGUUCUUGAAUUUAACUCUUCUUGACCUGUACGAACCCUGCAUCAAAUGCAUCGAUGCUAUAGUCUAUCGAUUAAUCAGUUAAUGAAUUAAUGAAUCAGUCAGUUAUAUCUUUCAAGUAGGCAAUCACGAAAUCGAUCAAGUCACAUAUCGGUAAAAUAUACCCGCAUAAAUUGUGAAUUAAAAUAAAAAAUCAGUGAAUCAAGUUAACAGAUGAUUUACCAACAACGAAUAGUGUGUUAAGUGGUUUGUAUCCACUGUAGGAGGAACUCCUUACUGAUUACGAAGCACAACAAACAGAUGAAGCAGUUUUGGCUGUGAAUACGGAUAACAAGUCAGAAUGUAUGUAUUAUACUAUAGUUAUCAUGAUCUUUUUUAAUUAGUUAAAAAUACGGCACAGUCUGUUCACAGAGCUUAACUUGAUACAGUAUGUCUUAAAUAAUGAACUUUAUAAAUGAAAUGGUGACAACUACUGCAUUUAUAUUUUUUUGCUUCCUGAGUAAAAUGAAUUAUUAAGGUAGUACGAUCAGACUUUGCAAGAACAUACAGUAGAACGGAGAUGUAUACAUGUAUAAACAAUUUAGUUAAAUUGUUUAUACAUGUAUAUGUAUCUUUGUUAUAGAGACUCUAUGCAAUAAUGCAUGCACAGAACGGCCUGAACCAUUUUUAAAUUUCUGUGAUCCGUUUGCUUUGUACAUAUGUACUUGAGAAUUGUUCUAGUAUUCUUAUCUUGGCUUCAUAUAUUGCGUUUAAUUUAGCAACAGCUGCUGAUGAAAAGAAAGGCUGGUCACCAGUAUUUACGACAUUGAGACAAAUGCUACAGGUAUUUGUGUAACCUCAUGCUAAAUCAGCAAUGCUGUUUCAACAACUUGUCAACAGGAUGUGUUCGCACAGCUGCUUGUUCCCAGUUUGUUGACAAAUUGUCAACGGUUGUUGGCAACUUGUUACAAGGUUUUGAGUUGAACAGACUUGUUAAGUUGUUCCAACAACUUGUUAUCGUCCUGCAAUUCAACAACUUGUCCACAAGUUGCCAGUGACAAUCUUGUAGCAACUUGGUAAAAUAACAACAUUGUUACAACUUGCUGACAAGUGUGCUACAAGUCCCUUGCGAACACAUCUUGUUGACAAGUUGUGAGAUUUUUGCGCUGCAAAUAACGGCCGGUCACCGGUUAACGACCAGCGAUAUUAGGAAAUUGUCCGCCUUGUUAAACAAUUUAUGCCAGUUUUUUUUUGAGGGGGGGGGGGCUGACCUCCCAAUAUUUUUGCAGAUUGCAUAUUCAUAACCUGGAACGUUCUUUGCAACUGUAGGGUUGAAAUAAUAUAUGCGGAAGUGAUAUCUGUUAGCAAUUCGUUCUUGAUUAUGAUAAUUACAUUAGAUCAUGUAUAUAUGUGGCUCGAACAUGAAAUAACUUCAGUGUAUCGGAGUCUUUUAUUUGAAGUUAAGUCCUUUCUUAGAAAAACACUAAUUAAAGAAUUUCUAGAACCAAAAAUAAACACACUGGAACUUUCCAUGUUUAUCAUGUUGCAUGCACCCACUGAUCUAGUGGUUGCACUCACCACGCUUUGUCACCUUCUCGUCUUGUCACCCCGCCUACCCUUGUAUCAUUUCAGUUCUGCACCACUGAUUAUGACCACUGUUCCACCAUAACCUCAAACGUGUCUGGUUAUUUAUCAUUAUAUUAAUUUCCCUACUCUAUCUUUAGGUACUAGGUUUUGCCAAAUUUCAUCUUCUCGCGUUUAACGUCGUGCAAGGAAACCAACUCAUCGUUCGAGGACAGCCAGAGGGACUGGUGCUAUCUAUAUUUGAAACCUUAAAGGUAUUUGUGCGCCGUCCUUCGUCUUAGUAAAGCCCGGCGCACACUAUAGAGCUAUGUGCUUAGCAAAAUAUUAUUCGUGACUGUUGGCGGUGCAAUGAGAAAGCUCUCGUGUGCGUUGCACUUUUGUAAAUUUUUUGUCACUCGUGAGACAAAUAUCCAAUGUGUUGAAUAUUUCUUGUCACGAAUGAACAUUUCCUCCAUGUGUGCGCGCUCGAAAAGCUAUCACCUUUCAUUGUAAAUCGAAUAGGCAUGUGUAAUAAAACAUAAGACAAAAGGAAAAUAAUUAAUGAGGAAUAUUCAUAUGUCGCUACUCAAGUAUCGCAUUCCUCAUUAAUUAUUUUAUUAAUUAUUUUCCUGUGGAAGCUUCAUUAUAUAGGUUGUAUAUUGUAGGUGACAGUGACAUCGUCAAAAAAAAUUAUACUACCUGUUUUUCUUAGACUUUUUUUAUCAAAUUUAUAACUGUAUUUACUUAAUUAAUUAUACAUCUUAUCCUGCAGAUUCUCAUUCCGAGCAGAUGCUUUAAAUGUGUGCCGUACAGUGAUGUGUAUAAGGUAUACUACUCUCGCUGUUUUAUUAUUAUAAGGUAGGAUUUUUGUUAGAGCCAGUGCUCCCAUCGCUUCAUUAUCGUAAUCUAUUAAUCGUCAACAAUCGAUACAAUCGAUUGAAAUCGAUUAUAAGAGGACAGCCGCGGUUUGAGAUAGAUACAGCUACCGAAAUAUACCGGGUGUCCCCCCCCCCCCCAAAACUGAACACUGUUCAAUUUCAUGUAACGUAAAAGUUAUAAAAGCUAUCGCAAUGAAAUAAAGAUCAUUAAUUGCACUUUAAUUUCGCUUCCAAGAAGGAGGUAUGUGUUAAAGUUUUUUAGUCGACGACGAAUGGUAGUGCAAGAUGUAACAACUGGCGGCUGUGGAAGCUAUCUUGUGUCAUUCUUAUCAGUAAUCUUAAGCAUUUUUGCGAAAGGAUUUUGUGCAGUAUGCUUGCCAAUAGCUCAGAGGUUAAAGUGUGCAGCUAGCUGCGUCUGGUCGAGGUUCGAGCCCGCUUCGUCACGUUUCAUUCUUAAAUUUCUUCGACAUUUGUGGGUUAGGGUAGUGUUGGAGAACGUGGGGACCAGUUUAUUUGAAAAAGUGCACGACUUAACUAUAAAUGCCUAACUGCAUGCGGGUCAAUUUACAGACACCAGGAGGUUUCCUAUAUACAUGUUUACAGCCGCACAUUUGAUGGGAGAGAAAUAAAAAAACAAAUCGCGUUUGUCAUUUGAUCGCAUCGACAAUACCAUCUCCUGGUAAUUUUUUCAAUCGGGAAAGAAAGUUAUCCAAGUAUCAAUGUGAUGCUUGGCUGUUUUGUUGAUUCGAUUCUCAUUAAUCCUUGCAAAGUCCUACCUGUAUACGAUCCUGCAAGGAAUUCUGUCAGGAUCUUUGUACCAGGGUUCUUAUUAGUAACAUACAGUAUAUAUAGAGCCCUCCCUAUACAGAUAAAUGCAUAUAGCAAAGUAGUAUUUCGUGCAUGAAGAUCGUGUUUAUGUACUUAUUUAGGAAUCGUGGACAUGCAACUUUCUUGGUCUAAAAACUGACACCGAAAUUCCAACGCAUAUUUUGGAAUCACACUUGUAUACAUUAAUGGAUAUUAAGGUACAUCAACUGUAGUAAAUAGUUUGCUUACUUGGUUAGCGCGAUGAUUUGUAAUUUUGCACGCUAAAUUCAUUGACUGCGUUUUCGAAACAGGGCUUUCAAAAAUAGCCGGCGACCGCCAGAGCUCUUGCAUGCGGGUGGGCGGGGUGGCAUGAAGUUAAUCACCGGUUGCUUUCUUUAAAACAUACUGUAACGAACGACAAGGAAAACUACUGUAAAGUGAAUUUCAGAUGAUAGGUCUAGUAAGUGUAUAAAAUUUACACUCGAAAAAAGCAUGGUUGUUUUAGGUUUUCUUAACAAACAUUUCUUUUCAAAAAGAACUGAACUAGUUCUUCCAUGGGCAGGGCCGUAGUUAGACGCGAUAAUUGGGGGGGGGGGGGGUAUAUUCAUAUAUUCAUGUUCACAUACCGUAAAAACAAUCGCUUUCAAACGAAAUCCGUCGGGUAGAACACGAAUAUAUGAAUAUGCCCCCCCCCCGCCCAAUUAUUGGUCUAGCUACGGCCCUGGGCCCUGUACUACAUUAAGCUGUUGUUUUUUUGCGCUAAAAAUCAAUCAAGUAAAACGUGGGCAAAACAGACGACUACGUUUGUAAGACUUUCAAAAAUUCUGAAAUGAUUCUGAAUUUUAAAAGAUUCUAAAAUCCCUGCAAAAAGACAAGGGAGAGUUGAAUUAUACAAAGACACUCAACAUAUAGAUUUAAACUUAGUGAACACUUUUUCACUUUGGAAAAAACGCCAAAGUGUGAACGCCUUCGGAACAAAAUUGCUCUUCAGCACCUACAUAUAGUUCAAGGAAUAUCGACGACGUAUCUUAUUUCGUUAUUUUUCGUGCUCGUCAACUAUAUUAAAACAAAGAAAUCAUUUUUAAUUUGCUGUUCAUGCAAUUCAUAAAGUAUUCUCAUUUCUAUUUGCAUGCAUUAAGUUUUUUUUACAUUUUUCCCCUACAGGAACAAUUCAAUUCCUCCGAACAAACAAGGUACUACAUUAUAUAGUUUGUAAUGAGGUGGGGGGGGGUGGCUGGGAGAGGGGUUGGGGUUGGGGAACGAAUCUACGUUUACUUGACCAUGUUAAUCUUGCCAAACAUGAUAAUCGUUAGGGUUUUCACCAACACAAAACAAGGUGCAUGUAUAGAGAAACUAUCAUCAAUACAAAUAUAUUUCUUUAUUUUGCAUAGCAAUAAUCCGUUCAAGCACUACAGUUUUGAAAUACGUGGAAAAGAACUUGUUCACGGUGGGUGUUGAAUUGAACGUCUAAAGUUGUUUUUCAUGUCUAAAGUUUUCUGCAUACAAAAUUCAACGAAAUGUGUUGUUGUAUACAAAAAUAUCAAUCGCCUUAUUUCAUGACAAAAUGGUAGAUCCCAGAUGACCUACAAUCCUGGACAAAACCAUCUGCGAUACUCUAUUAAAACAUUCGUUUGUGGCUUUUUUUACCAGUUAGACCGGAAUAAUUUACUCGUUUGCCCCCCUUCACCCCCCAAAACAAUGUUGGACGUUUUAACCGUAUCCUCCGAAUGCAAUCAACAUUGAAUGGGGCGUAGGGGAGGUUUUCUAAAUUUGAGAUAAUGUUACGAAAUUUUGUCAAAUAAUUGACCAUUUGCGUAAUAGACUAAAUUUUGAUCUCAACAAAAAUUUCAUUAUAGCUUGAAAGAGCAUCACAAAAUUAGUAAUAUUCCAAAGUUUCGUUGCAAAAUGUUGUAAAAUGCGGAAAAUAUAGCCUUGCGAAAUUUGCAAUUUUCAGUCAUUUUAGAUUACAAACCGGAAAUUGACAGCCUCGAAGGUUUUGGGGCUGUCAAUUUCCCGUUUGUAAUCUAAAAUGACUGAAAAUUGCAAAUUUCGCAAGGCUAUAUUUUCCGCAUUUUACAACAUUUUGCAACGAAACUUUGGAAUAUUACUAAUUUUGUGAUGCUCCUUCAAGCUGUGAUGAAAUUUUUGUCUAGACUUGUUUAGUUCAAAAUUUAGUCUAUUACGCAAAUGGUCAAUUGGAAGUGUCGCAGAUGUUUUGUGCAGGAUUGUAGUUAACACGCGCGUACGGGUAUGAGAGUAUGCCAAUAUGACAGAACAACACGAAAAUAGAUACUAAGCUAGCUAAAGACAAACAAAGGCAACGACGAAAAGAGUGUCAAUUUUCAUAUUCUCGCCAGCUAUAGAGCCAGUCUAAAAUUGUUGUCGUAUAUCACAAUGAAGUGUAACAUCCAUCAUAAUGUUUAGGAACUAUAAAAUUUUGUGUUGUUUAUAACAGAUUGAAACGAAUUAGCUAACUUCAUACAAAAUUGAUCAUGCUACGAACAUUUUUUUCUUAUAAAUCACGCAUAUUGACUUAUUUUCGUAAUUCAGACCAACAUUUUGCUGAGUCAGAAAGCAUUAUGCGCAUUUGUGUCCAUUAUUGUUCGCCAUAAAUACCUGUCCUGAUUUUAGAAAAAUUCCUAAAAAUAGUAAUUUGUAUAUUUAUCUGCGACAAAGUUGUAUAGUGGCAUGUAUGUUCAAGGCUGUCUAAUUGGUUGUCGCCCUGAUUAUUCGUUUUUUUCCAGGUCCUCAGAUUCUCAAGAAAAUCGAAGAAGCUUUACUAAACAAGCACUUUUCUGACAGCGUACUUGAUCAAUACCUGUGUGCUCUCAAAGAAGAAUGGAUGGAGUGA